AUGAUAAAGGGCACGGUUGUAACAACUCGAUCAUAUUUAGUUUACCUCGAAUAUUAUGAAAACUGUGGCAGUUUCCCUAAAAAGGCUGACCGUAGCCAACUUUGGGUGAAAUUUGUUAAUAGGGGUGAAUGGACACCUACAAGAUCUAGUGUUAUUUGCUCCAAACAUUUUUCUGAGGAGUCAUUCGAUAGAACAUCAAAAUGUUAUGUUAAUCUCAAACCAAAUGCUGUUCCGACCAUACAUCCAAACCAGCUUUCCUUGAUAUAA